GGCUUCUCGAGCAUCCAGCGUUACCAUGAGCCUCUCCGACCCGGCGGCAGAUACUCCAUGCGACUGUGCCCAGCUUAGAAGAGCAGCGCGACGCCGUCCGCCACUGAUCCCGAGCGCGGCAGCGCGUACGCACGAUGCCCGGGGGCAAGAGAGGGCUCGUGGCACCGCAGAACACUUUCUUGGAAAACAUCGUCAGACGCUCAAGUGAGACAAGUUUCCUGCUGAGCAACGCUCAGAUCGUGGAGUGGCCAGUGGUGUACAGCAAUGACGGCUUCUGCAAACUCUCGGGCUACCACAGGGCCGAGGUCAUGCAGAAAAGCAGCACUUGCAGUUUCAUGUAUGGUGAGCUGACAGACAAGAAGACCAUAGAGAAGGUGAGAGAGACGUUUGACAACUAUGAGUCCCAGUGUGUCGAAAUUCUGCUGUACAAGAAGAACAGAACUCCGGUGUGGUUCUACAUGCAGAUUGCACCAAUCAGGAAUGAGAAUGACAAGGUAGUGCUCUUCCUGUGCACGUUUAAAGACAUCACUGCUUUUAAGCAGCCAAUCGAGGAUGAGAGUAGCAGAGGUUGGACCAAGUUUGCCAGGCUCACGCGCGCCCUCACCAACAGCAAGAGCACCAUUCAACAGCUGGCCCCCAUGAACAAACCUGACGUCAGCUCACACAAGCACUCUCGGCUCGCGGAGGUCCUUCAGCUGAGCUCCGACAUCCUGCCGCAGUACAAGCAGGAGGCUCCUAAAACCCCUCCACACAUCAUCCUGCACUACUGCACCUUCAAGACCACGUGGGACUGGGUCAUCCUCAUCCUCACCUUCUACACGGCCAUCAUGGUGCCCUACAACGUCUCCUUCAAGACCAAGCAGAACAACGUGGCCUGGCUGGUGGUGGACAGUGUGGUGGACGUCAUCUUCCUGGUGGAUAUCGUGCUCAACUUCCACACCACCUUCGUGGGGCCAGGAGGCGAGGUCAUCUCUGACCCCAAGCUCAUCCGCAUGAACUACCUGAAGACCUGGUUCGUGAUAGACCUGCUUUCGUGUCUGCCCUACGACAUCAUCAAUGCCUUUGAGAACGUGGACGAGGGUAUCAGCAGCCUGUUCAGCUCCCUGAAGGUUGUGCGUCUGCUGCGUUUGGGCCGCGUGGCCCGGAAACUGGACCACUACCUGGAGUACGGCGCCGCCGUCCUGGUGCUGCUGGUGUGCGUGUUCGGUCUGGUGGCCCACUGGCUGGCCUGCAUCUGGUACAGCAUUGGAGACUACGAGGUCAUCGACGAACUCACCAAUACCAUCAAGACGGACAGCUGGCUCUACCAGCUGGCCACCAGCAUUGGGUCCCCAUACCGGUACAACGCCAGCGGUUCUGGCCAGUGGGAAGGCGGCCCAAGCAAACACUCGCUCUACAUCACGUCCUUGUAUUUCACCAUGACAAGCUUGACAACCAUCGGAUUUGGAAACAUCGCGCCCACUACUGAUGGAGAGAAGAUUUUCUCAGUGGCCAUGAUGAUGGUGGGAUCUCUCCUCUACGCAACCAUCUUUGGUAACGUCACCACCAUCUUCCAGCAGAUGUACGCCAACACCAACCGCUACCACGAAAUGUUGAACAACGUCAGGGACUUCCUGAAGCUCUACCAGGUGCCAAAGGGCCUGAGCGAGAGAGUGAUGGACUACAUCGUGUCCACCUGGUCUAUGACCAAGGGCAUUGAUACCGAGAAGGUGCUAUCCAUCUGCCCGAAAGACAUGAGGGCAGACAUCUGCGUGCAUCUGAACCGGAAGGUAUUCAACGAGCACCCGGCCUUCCGGCUGGCCAGUGAUGGCUGCCUGCGCUCCCUGGCAGUGGAGUUUCAGACCAUCCACUGUGCCCCUGGCGACCUCAUCUUCCACGCUGGGGAGAGCGUGGACACGCUCUGCUUCGUGGUGUCCGGCUCACUUGAGGUCAUCCAGGACGAUGAGGUCAUUGCCAUACUAGGGAAAGGAGAUGUGUUUGGUGAUGUGUUCUGGAAGGAAUCGACACUAGCCCAUGCCUGUGCUAACGUCAGAGCGCUAACCUACUGUGAUCUUCACAUUAUUCGACGAGAGGCUCUUCUGAAAGUGCUGGAUUUCUACACGGCAUUCGCCAAUUCCUUCUCCCGCAAUCUCAUCCUCACAUGCAACCUGCGUAAACGGAUAAUCUUCCGCAAAAUCAGCGACGUGAAAAAGGAGGAAGAGGAGCGUCUGCGAUCGAAGAACGAGGUCCCAUUGGCCCUACCCGUGGACCACCCGGUGCGUAAGCUCUUCCAGAGAUUCAAACAGCAGAGGGAGUUGCGCCACCAGGAGGCUUCAGCCCAUCUGGACCUGGAGAAGAGCCCACACCACCCACAGGGGCGGUCGCUCGCCCGUGCCCCCCUGAAGCACCAGCAGGGGGCACCCGUGGGCGACGAGCUCCUCACUGGGCAGAACGGUGCCGCCGUCAGUGGUCGCUGUGGGGGCGUGGUCACCAUCUCGCAGGCCAUGCCCGUCCAGAACCCACGGCCCUUCUCCAGAGCAGGCGACCUGGUCAAGCGCAACAACUACGAAGUGGCGGAGUUGAGGUCACCCGCAGGUGAGCAGGGGAUGAGCUCCGCACGUCUGAAGGUGAGCAACGCAGCACGGACCAAGCCGACCGGGACCACCCGCGGGUGGGCCAGGUUGAAGAACAACGUGGCCAUUCCCAGCUCGCCCCCGCAAGAAGCGGACAGGAGAGAAGCGCUGAACAAUGUGAUCAAAGCCGCGUCCAUGGAACGCCUCUCGCACGAGGUUAAAGUUCAGAUCGAAGGGGUCAUCGAGGUCUCCGGCUCUGGAAAGGGCUCUCUCCAUAAAACGGACUCAUGGGACAGUGGGCUAACGCACAGCGAUCAGAGGCUGGACUACGUUGGGGAGCUGCCCAGCCCUGGACCGGGUGAGGGGCAGGUGCGGGACCUCUACCCCGGCAAUGAGCUCUCAUUUCAGGCCACGCUCCAGGAGGCGCGGCUGGAGCUCCGCGGAGAGAUCCAGGCUCUGAGCGUCAGGAUGGUAGCAUUGGAAGAGCAGCUGGGACAGAUCCUCAGGAUACUGUCGGAAAAGAGCGAUCUGCCGGGUCAUACCUCGUCCCCCAAAACGUGCAGGGAGAGACAUAACUCACAGGAGGCUAUCAGCAUCCCCACACCAGGCAGUCCGGAUUCAGACAAGGAUCAAAUGUUAGCCUGAGACGUAUGGAAAAGCAAAAUCUCGAACCAAUCACAACUACAUCAAACCCCAAAAUCUCAAACCAAUCACAUUACACUAAACUCCAAAAACUGUGUGAGGGAUCAGGCUGCAUAUGACAGUGAGUUUGAUUCUUUUCCAUUUGGAGAUGAACUUUUGAACUUUCCUUUUAAACUUUCAGUGUAAGCUGAAGUGUAAUUGAUGUCACGCUACUGCCCCCCAUUGCUGCAGGACUCUGGAAGCUGUGGUCCACUGCACAUGUCAAUUCUGCUGAACCCUGAAUGACCUCUCAAAUGUUGGCGCUUCUCUAAUACAGUCGGCUGUUGCAGCGUCUGCAGGAGGCUUUGGCAGAAGGGCGUGUCUGACUGAGCGCUGCCCAGGGGAGACUCCGGGUCCAUCGCCUCUCACCCCACCACCACCCACUGCUGGGUGUGCUCUGGUUCUUGGAAUCGGGUGGAAUCAGUCUUUGGAACUUGGUUCGAUACUUUACUUUUUGCACAUAUAUCACUUUCUCCUUAAGACGGAGCGGUUGUUUUCUGACUUUUGUUUUCACAACUACCCUGCAUGUCCAGCUGGGUUCUGGCUUGCCAAAGAUAAAUAUCCCAAUGCCUGUAAUAUUUAUGUUAAUAUUCAAAUGAUAUUUAAAUGCCUGUAUAUUAUUCAGUCGAUUGCAUGCAAGAUAGGAUAAAACUGCUGACAUUUAUAUAAUUACCCUGAUUGGCCGAUAACUAUUCAGAAUAAGGACCAGGGUUUGAAAAGUGAAAUGAUAAAAAAAAAAACAUGUACUCCUAUUAGAAUACACAAGAAAAAAAAUUAAUUGGUAGGUGGAUUUCAUGUUUACCAACAUUUGCGGUCUAAUUAAAAUCUGAAUAUAUAAUAUUAUUUGGAAGAUAAAUCUUAAGAUAAAGUUUUAAGGUCAGAAUACUUGCAUAAAUGAGAUUUUCUGUCCUCAAACACCCAGCGGGUGGGUAUGCUUUGCAUUACAAAGGUUGUAAUCCCAUCUGGUUAGAUGGUUAUCCAGUGAUAGGUUUGUAAUUUUUUAAAUGUUUUAAUUUGCAAAUCUUUUAUAAUCACAUCCAGUAUGGUGUGAUGGCCAGAACUGACUGCUUACGGCUCUCAAACAUGGUCCUAUGGGAUUAGAAAAUGCAUUAUUUACCAAGGAGUUUGUGAAGGUGGGGGUAAUAAUCUGGUCUCUAGAAGGUCUGCAGAACAUCGCCUCGCUCUCUUUCUGGGCCUCAAGAUUGAGGAGGAGGCUGUUCUCCAGCGGGUGGCGGAGUUGAGCAUUAACAGCCAGUCAGCUGUACUGCCCUACACCUGGGGCCCCUCUGGGGCCUCCUAAUUCUCCCCCUUUUGGCUCCCUUUAUGUCCCUUUCUCAGGGUGAAAUAAAGGCCAGUGUUCAGUA